AUGAAUGAACCACUACCAGUACCAAAACUACUACCUCUACCAGAACCACUACCGCUACCUGGACAACUACCGCUACCAGAACCACUACCACCACCGGAACCACUACCGCUACCAAAACCACUUCCGCUUACAGAACCACUAACGCUGCCAGAACCACUACCGCUACCUGGACAACUACCGCUACUUGGACAACUACCGCUACCAGAACCACUACCGCUACUUGAACUACUACCACUACCGGAACCACUAACGCUUCCAGAACCUCUUCCACUAAAAGAAAAACUUACGCUUCCUGAACCACUUCCGCUACCUGAACCACUACCGCUACCAGAACCACUACCGCUACAAGAACCACAACCGCUACCAGAACCUAUACCACUACCAGAAUCAAUACCAGAACCACUACCACUACCGGAACCACUAUCGGAACAACUAACGCUUCCAGAAACACUUCCGCUGCCAGAACCACUACCUCUGCCAGAACCACUACCGCUACUUGAACUACUACCACUACCGGAACCACUAACGCUUCCAGAACCUCUUCCAGUACCAGAAAAACUUACGCUUCCAGAACCACUACCGCUACUUGAACCACUACCGCUACCCGAACCACAACCACUACCAGAACCACUACCGCUAUCCGAACCACAACCACUACCAGACCCUCUCCCGUUACCAGAACCACUACCGCUACAAGAACCUUUUCCACUAACAGAACCACUACCGCAACCAGAACCACUACCGCUACCAAAACUACUACCACUACGAGAACCGCUAGAGCUACCCGAACCAAUACCACAACCAGAACCACUACCGCUACCUGAACCUCUACCGCUAUCAGAACCACUACCGCUCCCAGAACCACUACCACUACCAGAACCACUACCGCUUACCAAAACCACUAACGAUACCAGAAACACUACCGCUAGCAGAACAACUACCACUACCAGAACCACUACCACUACAAGAACCACUACUGCUACCGGACCCACUACCGCUGCCAUAACCCCUAAUAGAACCACUACCGCAACCACAACCACUACCGCUACCAAAACUACUACCACUACGAGAACCGCUAGAGCUACCCGAACCAUUACCACAACCAGAACCACUACCGCUACCUGA